AUGGGGGCUUGCAUGAGUUCAAAUAGUGAGGAGGUGGAGCAGAAGAAGAGGAGUCAGAAGAUCGACAAAGACCUCGAGGAAGAUUCGAAGCGGUUACGGCGAGAAUGCAAGAUUCUACUGCUAGGCUCGGGGGAAUCAGGAAAGUCGACAAUCGUCAAACAAAUGAAGAUUAUCCAUUUGAAGGGCUACUCGGAGGAUGAACUCUUUAGCUACCGGCCAACCGUGUUCAAGAACCUGCUCGAAUGCGCCAAGGCCGUGAUCAACGCUAUGCGCCAGUUUGAGAUUGAGCCAGAGAGCGAUGAGAUCCGUGCGUACUGCGACUUUUUGCUCGAUUAUUCAAUCGGAUCUGGUCCACAGCCAAGCAUCGACCCCAAAGUUGGCGAGGCUGUCCUGGCUCUCUGGGAGGACCCCGUCCGGGACCAGCUCAUGGAGCGGCAGACGGAGUUCUACCUCAUGGACUCGGCAGGAUAUUUUUUCGACGAGGUGAGGCGGAUUGUUCACCCGGACUAUAUCCCGAACGAGAUGGACGUUCUGCGCGCCAGAACAAAAACAACCGGUAUCUACGAAACACGCUUCCAGAUGGGCCCACUGAGCAUCCAGUAA